UGGAGGACGUUACUCCGUCUAUAUUGACUCAAACGCCCCAACAAUGCCAUCAUCAACUCUUUCUCUCUAUUCUAUUCUUCACAAGCUCUCACAUCUCUCUUUCUCUCUUUGUGCUUCUCAACAACAACAUUGCCUAUAUCUUCUUGGUUCAUGCGUUUUGAUGUUUCAUUGCAUGCCCCUGUAGCUGAAUAGUUAAUAAUAUGAGAGGAACAAUGGGUACUUCUCCUCAUGCCGUUGAAGCUCGACACCGUUUGCCAGCAUCCAUUGAAGAUUUAUACAAACGAAGACUGCCAAGAAGCAAAGCAAAAGAUGCAGAGAAGCCUUUCCACUUAUCAAUCCAAGAUAGGAGCUCAAGAUGCAAGUUAUCUUUCUUAAAACUUAUCCUAUUGAUAACCAUAUGUGGCACUUUUGUAACACUACUCUACUCUCCCGAGGUUUACAACACCAACCAUUUAUCAACCUCUGGCUCUCGGUGGAUAUGGGGUGGCUCGGAUCCUCGUUACUUGUCCAAUGUAGACACUGACUGGGAUGACAUAUUGAAAAUUACGGAUAAGCUGGCAGGAAAAGAUGAACUUCAAGGAAUUGGGCUUGUAAAUUUCAACAAGAGUGAACUAGCUCAUUGGGAGAAUCUUGUUCCUGAUGCAACACAUGUUGUUCUGCCCCUAGAAUAUGCUGCAAGAAAUGUGACAUGGGAAUCCUUGUACCCUGAAUGGAUUGACGAGGAGGAAGAAACUGAAGUUCCUGUUUGUCCUUCUCUACCAAGUCUUAGAUCCCCAGGAAUAAGGCUUAACCUCAUUGCUGUGAAGCUUCCUUGUAGGAAUGGAGGGAAUUGGUCUAGAGAUGUUGCUCGUUUGCACCUGCAGCUUGCAGCUGCUGGCCUUGCAACCUCUUUCAAAGGCAACUACCCCGUUUAUGUGCUUUUAGUUACCAACUGUUUUCCGAUACCAAAUCUGUUUACAUGCAAAGAACUAGUUGGACGUGAAGGGAAUGUGUGGCUAUACAAACCAAACUUGAGUGUUUUGAGAGAAAAGGUCCAGCUUCCUGUAGGGUCUUGUGAACUUGCACUUCCUAUGAGAGGCAAAGAGCUGGUUUACAAUGGGAAUGCUCCCAGAGAAGCCUAUGCAACAAUUCUGCAUUCAGCUCAUGUUUAUGUUUGUGGAGCAAUAGCUGCUGCACAAAGUAUCCGCAUGUCUGGAUCAACUCGAGACCUAGUAAUACUUGUUGAUGAGACGAUCAGCAGCUAUCAUAGAAGUGGUUUGGAAGCAGCAGGAUGGAAGGUUAGAACCAUACAAAGGAUCAGAAACCCCAAAGCUGAAAAAGAUGCUUACAAUGAAUGGAACUACAGCAAGUUCCGGCUAUGGCAGUUGACAGAUUAUGACAAGAUAAUAUUCAUUGAUGCAGAUUUGCUCAUUCUAAGAAACAUAGAUUUCCUAUUUGGAAUGCCAGAAAUCACUGCCACAGGAAACAAUGCUACUCUCUUUAACUCAGGUGUCAUGGUGGUUGAGCCAUCAAAUUGCACAUUCCAGCUCCUGAUGGAUCAUAUUAACGAGAUUGAGUCCUACAAUGGAGGGGACCAGGGAUACCUGAAUGAAAUAUUUACAUGGUGGCACAGGAUACCAAGACACAUGAACUUCUUGAAGCAUUUUUGGAUUGGUGAUGAGGAAGAGAAGAAACAAAUGAAGACUAUGUUAUUUGGCGCGGAUCCUCCAAUUCUGUAUGUCCUUCACUAUCUAGGUGUGAAGCCAUGGUUAUGCUUCAGGGACUAUGAUUGCAACUGGAAUGCUGAUAUCUUUCAUGAGUUUGCAAGUGAUGUUGCACAUGCAAAGUGGUGGAAGGUGCAUGAUGCAAUGCCUGAGCUUUUGCAGCAGUUUUGCCUGUUGAAGUCAAAGCAGAAGGCACAGUUGGAGUGGGAUCGUAGGCAGGCUGAGAUAGCAAACUACACCGAUGGGCACUGGCGAAUCAAAGUUAAAGAUAGGCGCUUGAAGAAAUGUAUAGAUAAUUUGUGCAACUGGAAAAGCAUGUUGCGGCACUGGGGAGAGACAAAUUGGACUGAUGAUGAGUUCUAUAAUCCAACACCACCUUCCAUUGUCACAGCAUCCCUUUCUGCUUUAUGAGUUCUCAGUUGCACUUUCUAAUUUCCUCGCACAUGUUGAAGUUUCCUAGUGAUAGGGAAUGGGGAUGAAGGAAACAUUUUUUCCUCAUACAUAUUUUUUAUGCAUAAAAAUGGUGUAUUCUAUGGUCAGAUUCUGAUCAUAUAUUAAUAGAUGUCACCACAAAUCAAUUUUACAGGAA